GAGAGAGCCGGCUAAACCUCACCAACAGUCACUCUAAAACCUUGAUAUGGAUGCCACAGAGUUCCGAAAAAGAGGAAGAGAGAUGGUGGACUAUAUUGCAGAUUACCUUGAGAACAUAGAGACGAGGCCAGUAUAUCCUGAUGUGGAACCAGGCUACUUGAGGGCCCUAAUCCCAGAUUCUGCUCCUGAAGAACCUGAGAGAUUUGAAGAUGUUCUUAAAGAUGUUGAAAAGAUCAUUAUGCCAGGGGUGACUCACUGGCAUAAUCCCUACUUCUUCGCCUACUUCCCUACUGCCAACUCCUUCCCAGCUCUUCUGGCUGACAUGCUGUCUGGGGGCAUAGCCUGUAUAGGCUUUUCUUGGGCUGCGAGCCCAGCUUGCACAGAGCUGGAGACAGUCAUGUUGGAUUGGCUAGGGAAAAUGAUAAACUUGCCUCUGCAGUUUUUGGCUGAAAAUGGUGGAAUGGGAGGUGGAGUGAUCCAGGGCACAGCCAGUGAGGCAACCCUGGUUGCAAUGCUUGCAGCCCGAACCAAAGCGAUCCAUCAUGCCUUAUCGGAAAACAAAGAACUGACUCAGGGAGACAUCAUGGGCCGGCUAGUGGCUUAUACCUCUGACCAAGCUCAUUCAUCAGUGGAAAAGGCUAGCUUGAUUGCUGGAGUGAAAAUUAAAGAGGUCCCCACAGAUGACUCCUUUGCUGUACGCGGGUCAGCUCUAAGGAAAGUUCUAGAGGAGGAUAAAGCCGCUGGUCUCAUCCCAUUUUUCUUUUGCGCAACGCUCGGAAGCACGCCGUGCUGCUCCUUUGACAAACUGUUAGAAGUGGGCCCUAUUUGUAACAAGGAGAAUAUUUGGAUGCACAUUGAUGCGGCUUAUGCUGGGAGUUCAUUCAUCUGCCCUGAAUUCCGCUAUCUUCUCAACGGAGUGGAGUUUGCAGAUUCAUUUAACUUUAACCCGCACAAAUGGCUCCUGGUGAACUUUGACUGUUCUGUUAUGUGGGUGAAGAAGAGGUCAGAUUUAACAAGUACCUUUAAAAUACAUCCUGUUUACCUGAAGCAUGACCAUGAGGAAUCUGGACUUAUUACAGAUUACAGGCAUUGGCAAAUCCCUCUGGGCCGACGAUUCCGUUCCCUGAAACUGUGGUUUGUCUUUCGGAUGUAUGGUGUGAAGGGACUACAAGACUACAUCCGCAAGCAUGUCAGGCUAGCGCAUGAAUUUAAGGACCUAGUGCUUCAGGAUGAUCGAUUUGAGAUUUGUGCUGACGUCAUACUGGGACUGGUGUGCUUCCGACUAAAGGGCACUAAUGAACUUAAUGAAGCACUUCUUCAACGUAUAAAAGAUGCGAAGAAGAUUCAUCUCGUUACAUGUUACCUGAGAGAGAAAUAUGUGCUGCGUUUUGCAAUUUGUGCCCGCACGGUGGAGUCUGCUCAUGUCCAUUUUGCCUGGAAGCACAUCACGCAGUUGGCAAAUGAACUUUUGAAAGCAUAGAAACAGCAAGAGUAAUGGCUAAAAACAGAAGAUUUGAUCCAAUGGAAGACUUAAGGAACAGUGAAACGUCAAAUUGUAGUAGUGAAAUAUUGUGUGUCUUGGCAUGUCUGAUACUUGCAAAACUACCAGCAGCAAACUGCGCUGUAACCAAAUCCAGAGAGU